UAGAGAACUUUAUAUUAAAAUAGAUCAGGAAUAUUACUUAGCCAAAUUAACCAUGGAGAUGAAUGAAGACAUUGUCAUAGUUGGUGCUGGAAUUGGUGGACUUGCUACUUCUUUGGCACUUCACAGGUUGGGAGUGAGGAGCAUAGUGUUGGAAUCAUCAGAAUCUCUACGAACAUCAGGAUUUGCACUUGCUUUGUGGACCAACGCCUGGAGGGCAUUGGAUGCUCUUGGUGUUGGAGAUUCCCUUAGACAACGGUCUGUCCACUUUACUCGGUUCCAAGCAUUUUCAGCAGAUUCAGGGUUGCCUACUGCUGAGAUUUCCCUCGAGGCAGAUAACAAACCAGAUGAUUACGACAGCCGUUGUAUAAAAAGGCAAGAGAUAGUGGAGACUUUAGAAAAAGAAUUGCCUCCUGGAACUAUUAAAUAUUCAUGCCGUGUUAUUUCCAUUGAACAAUCUGGAAUAUACAAAUUGCUGCAUCUCGCGGACAAAACUAUUCUUCGAACCAAGGUGUUGAUAGGAUGUGAUGGUGUGAACUCAGUGGUGGCUAAGUGGAUGGGCCUUCCAAAACCAGUUGUCGCAAAUCGUUCAGCCAUUAGAGGAUAUGUUGAGUACCCAAAAGCCCAUGGAUUUGAGCCCAAAUUUUGUGCUUAUUUUGGUGGUGGAGUUCGUAUUGGUUUUCUUCCUUGUGAUCACAAAAGCUUGUAUUGGUUUUGCACUUUUACUCCAUCUGCCCUAGAUUAUGAUGAAAAAAUUGAAGGAAGUCCAACAAAAAUGAAGCAAUUUGUUCUAAGUUUGGCUAGCAAUGUGUCAAAAGAAGCCUACAAUAUCCUAGAAAGAACUUCACUAGAUAGCCUAUAUUGUGCAAAAAUAAAAUUAAGAACCCCAUUGAACAUUUUAAUGAAAGACAAUAUUGUCAAAAAUAACACUUGUUUAGUUGGUGAUGCCCUUCAUCCAAUGACACCUGAUAUUGGUCAAGGUGGAUGUUCAACAUUAGAAGAUAGUGUUGUUCUUGCAAGGUGCAUUUCAGAGGCUAUUUUUGCAAAGAAAUUAGAAAAGGAUGAAUUGUGCAAAAGAAUUAAAGUUGGUUUAGAGAAAUAUGCAAAAGAGAGAAAAUGGAGGAUUUUUAGCCUUAUUAGUACUUCAUAUUUGGUUGGUUUGGCACAAGAAAGUAAUGGCAAAGUGAUUAGCUACUUAAGGGAGAAAUUUUUGGCUCAAUUUACUAUUGAGACUAUGUUGAGAAUGGGUGAUUUUGAUUGUGGGAAACUAUUGACAUAAUCUUUAAUUUAUUGAAGUGAAGUACAUGUGAAGUACUUAUGAUAAUUGUGCUUGUUGAUUUGAUGAUCAAUGAGAAAUAAUUAAAGUGCACCUAGAAAAAAAAUAUCAAAAAGAUUAUUGCAAGAACUUAUCAAGCUUGUAUUAUGAAGUCCUAUUAUUUGGUUAGCAAGUAGCAUUAGAAUUAAGAUUGCAAUUAUGUAAGAGGUUAAUUUCUCAAUUAUUACUCCUUUCCUUUCAAUUUUAGUGUUUUUAAGGUUUUAGUUGAGUGUUCAGAUUCUUUCAUAUGAUAUUGCUCUGAACUUCUCUCUCAUUGAUGAGGCAUAUAUACUUUUCUCCAAGCUCACUCCAUAACCUAUUGAGAUACUCAUUAUUCGACCUAUCAAGCCUAAUCUCUAUUUGCAUCAAGUUAGUACUGAACUCAAUCACUUGUAGUUCUUACUCUUCAGUUUUAUGUUGAGUUCAACGGAU